GAGAAAAGAGAGAGAGAGAGAGAGUUAAGAGUGGGAAGUUAACAGUCCAUUAUUACUUUCUUCUCGGGAAAGGAGCAAGAGGAUUGUUCUUAGCACUGCUCAAAUGCCAGUUCUACCACAGAACACAUCGAGUGAAUAUUUGUGGAUGCUUCCCUUGCCUACUUUACCAGGAUUACAAACGAGAGGCAACCACCAACCAAACGUGGGGGACAACACAACAGGUGGGAGAUGAGAUCCAAAAGCAGUGAGUUGGCACGGCCAACCGAUGUGGUGCUCGGGGUUGCACAGGAUGACCAUGACAUCAGCCCUGAGCAGGAUGUGUGUAUUGCUGUGAAGAAUAUGAAGGCCAAAGUACAGCAGCAGGAGGGUGAAGAUAACAUGGAGGUGAUAUUUGACAAAGAGCAGACACUGAUGGACUCCAAGACUGGAGAAAAAGGAGGUGCUGUCAUGAACCUGUCCAAACAGGAUCUGCUCAAACUGCUGGGGAUCAUGGAAGGAGAGAUUCAGGCAAGAGAAGAUAUUAUCGGCAUGCUAAAAUCUAAGCAAACCCCUCAAGUGACCAGUGUAUCAGCAGACACCUGCACAGCAGGUAGCUCGGCCCUCCAGGCUCUGCAAAGGGAUUGCCUCAUCACCGGCACCCUACCACACAUCCACAGUGUCUACCAAAAGCCAAUGAUUGAGCUGGAACGCCUGCAGGAGAAGCACAGGGAAACCUACAGGCGGAUGCUGGGACAAUUGCUGCUUGCUGAAAAGUGCCACCGUCGUACUGUCCAUGAGCUGGACAGCGAGAAGCGAAAACACGUCGAUUACAUGAACAAAAGUGAUGACUUUACCAAUCUCCUUGAGCAAGAGAGAGAAAGAUUAAAGAGGCUGCUUGACAAUGAAAAAGUCUACCAGGUGAAAAAGGAGAAGGAGCAUUCUAAACGCCUGGCCAAGGUGCAAGAGGAACUGGUGAAAUUGAAAUCCUUUGCCCUGAUGUUGGUCAAUGAGCGCCAACAACACCUGGAGCAAAUGGACCAACAGACUCAGCGGAUCCAGGAACUGAGCCAGCAACUUCAGCAGCAGAGGAAGAUACUAAGUGAAGCCAGGGAGCAUGCUCAGGAAGAUGCCCGCAGGGUUCUGAGCUUAGAGGCCGAGCUGAAAGAAAAAACUGUCACAUUCGCUCAGCAGCAUGAAGAGCUGAACACUAAGCUUGCCAGUCAGGAGCUCCUCAACCGUCAACUCAAUUCAAAAAUUCUAGGGCUUUUGCAUACAGUGGAUGAGAUAGAGGAGAGUAACAAGGCCUUGAGGAAAUCAGAAGAGGAACUGCAGGAAAUAGGGGGCAAAACUGGCAAAGACGAGUGCAUAAACUCUAACUUAAUUACAGAGUUAGAAAAUCUAAAGAAGCGUGUGCUGGAGAUGGAAGGAAACGAUGAGGAGAUCACACGAACUGAAAAUCAGUGCAAGGAGCUCAGGAAAAAGCUACAGGAGGAGAAUAACAAAAGCAGAGAACUUCGGGUCGAGGUGGAGAAACUCCAGAAGAGAAUGAUAGAGUUGGAGAAACUUGAAGGUUCCUUUAACAUCAGUAAGAAGGAGUCUGCUCAGUUGUACGCUGCCUUAGAAAAAGAGAAGGGCCUGACCAAAGAGCUCUCCGGGGAAGUUGUGAUGCUCAAGAUCCGAAUGAAAGAGCUUGAAUCAUCUGAACUCAAGUUAGAAAAGUCUGAGCUUAACCUCAAGGAUGAAUUAGGCAAACUAAAGUCAUUGACUGUAGCUUUAAUGGAGGAACGAAAGACUUUGGUGGAAAGAGUGAUGGCAGAUGAAAAGAAAAAAGAGGAUUUGAGUAAGAUGGUCAAAGAUGAGCAGAGUAAGGUUAUGGAGGUGACUGAAAAAUUGAUAGAAGAAAGCAAAAAACUCUUAAAGUUUAAAUCGGAAAUGGAAACACAAGUCGAUAGUCUGAUGACAGAAAAGAGGGACCUUAACGCCAAGCUCACGUAUGAAACUGACAAAACAAAGGAUCUUCUUUCAAAGGUCAGCCAAAUGAAAAAGAGGUUGGAUGGUUUGGAGCAAGCAGAAAGGCUGCCUGCAAACAAAUCGGUGAAAUGUGAGCAAGGGAGAGCACCCGAGGCUGGAAAAAGAGACGAUAACAAAAUUAAAGAGCUAACCUUUGAGAUUGAGCACCUAAGAAAUCGUCUCAAACAACUUGAAGUGGUUGAAGGAGAUCUGAUCAAAACCGAAGAUCAAUAUGACAUUUUGGAGAAAAGGUUCAUCACAGAACAAGACAAAGCCAAUAUACUUUCCCAGCAAGUUGAGGCCAUGAGGAGUCAGAUCGCAAGGAACAAAGCGAUUGAGAAAGGAGAAGAGGACAGCCAGGAGGAAAACCUGCGGCAACAAUACAACAGAGAGGAGGCCAAGACCAGGGAGAUGCAGGCAGAUGUCGUAGCUCUAAAGGAAAAGAUACAUGAAUUGAUGCACAAGGAGGACCAGCUUUCGCAACUGCAAGUCGAUUACUCCGUCCUACAGCAGAGGUUUUUUGAAGAGGAAGAGAAAGCCAAGAGCAUGGGCACUGAGGUUCUCCAUUUGACCAAAGAACUGGAGAUUGCAAAGCGUCACAGUCGUGCACUGAGGCCCAGUUUGAAUGGAAGGAGGAUGGUUGACGUUGCUGUCACAUCAACCGGGGUACAGACAGAAGCAUUGUCCAAUGGGCCAACAGAGGAAGAUACCCCGGCCGGUUUUAUCAGGAAGUCUGUUCAAGAAGAGAAUCACAUCAUGAACAAUUUACGGCAGAAGAGCCUGAAGAAGCCAACGGAAAAGACCGGUGGCAUUGAACGCUCCUCUUCAUCUGGUAGUGAUCUCAGUAUGAAGAAAUCCUGGAUUCCUUGGAUGAGGAAGAAAGACACCAACUCUCAUGAAACCAGCCUGGAAAAAACACCUACUUGCGGGAAUCCAAACGUGACCAUGGCCCACAAGCAAGGGCAGCCGCUACACAUACGUGUGACACCGGACCACCAAAACAAUAUGGCCACCCUUGAAAUCAGUAGCACCGCUGCUGAGAAUGUCUUCUCAACAUCAGGUCCACAAAAUGCAAACCCAUCACAACCGAAAUCCAGAAUUACAAUCAUUCCAACACACUCUGCAACAGUUCAGGGAAAGUCCACCAACGGACAUCAUGGUCCAGAAAGAACCAAAUCUCCAGUCACCAUCACAACUAUUUCAAGAGCCAAGUCUCCAGAUAGCAGCCAAGCUUCCUCCUCUACCUCGGGAAGGCCAACGUCACCUGUCACCAUCAUGACAGUUAGCACCACGGCAGUGCCUGAAGCCUCUGCCUCCCCUGAACCCCAAGAGAUGACCAUGGGCCGGGCUGUGUUCAAGGUUACCCCUGAAAAGCAGAUGGUCCCAGUGCCAAUAAGGAAGGGUCACAAUAACACAAGCAUCAUCACCACCACUGAUGAUAACAAGAUCCAUAUUCAUCUAGGUAAUAGUCUGACCCCAAAGAUGGUAGUCAGGCCAGUGUCUGCUGUAACUGAGGGGAAAGAGCUCACCUUGUCGACUGGGACAGUGUUGCGCUCUCCUCGCCAAAUUACCACGACCCGGACCACACAGAACAAAGUGAUGAGCACCAUUAUGAUUUCCCCUGUUGCAUCAAACACUACCAGAUCCACGCAAAGCAUGUGUGGGCACGAUUCCCAGGGCCCUCGUACAGGGCUGACCCGCAUCCCAAUGUCCAAGAGCCUGAAAACAGGGAAGACGGCGCUUGGUUCCUUGGGCAUAACGAGUGGAGUGAAAGCAGAGUCGCGUGCUGAGAGUCAAUCUAUGAGGAUAGAAUUUAAGAAAUCAGCCGUAAAUGACAUUACUUAUCAAAAUGGAGGAAAAGGCUGAUUAACAAACCAAAACACUCUAUGGUGCUAGAUAGACAAUCACACCUUCAUAAAACAACAGCCAAGUGAGUGAUGGAAAUUAUAUUUGAUCUAAAGCAUUGUAUUUAUGGAAAGCCUUGUGUACUUCCCUCUCACAUAUCACAUAUACUUCUAUUAUUUACAUUACUAAAAUGUAUACAGAGGAAAAGGUCAAACCACUCUGCGACUAAUUGCUCAUUGUGUCACAUAUAAUGAGAAAAACUUCAGUUGCAUGCAGUUUAUUUGAAUGGUUUUUGUGUUUUAAUUGCCUGUAAAUCAUUUUUUAUUAAACAUAUUUUGAACAAAACUAA